AUUUGGGCUGCCAUUAAAGAUAUUCUUUUCAAUUAAAGAGUUGUUGCUGAAGCCACUGUAUAUUGAAGAUUUUAAAUAACCUUGGUCAUCGAAGACUCAACUUAAGAUAUACUCAGCUUUAGCUUUAAAUCUUUCCAGUAGGAAUUGGAUGAUACGAUGUUGUCCAUCCAAUCUAUUUUCAAGACCAUAGAUGUUGUUUCUUAAUGCAAUACCGUAUGAUUUUUGGAUAUUCGUUGCAACAUCAAAUACGUCUUCAUCGCUCAAAAAUACGGAGAGCUCCAAUCCGCUGUAAGACAAGUCAUUGGGGACGUUUACUGAAGUGACGGAGUUUUUUUGUUUACUUCUAGGAAUAUUUCUUGAGAAGAAGACACAAUGUGAUAAAUUAAAUCUUCCUUUAAUAGUAAUAGACGGGUGUACCGUGUAUUCAUUUUAACUUCUACAAUUUUUUUUAGGAAUCACGGCCUGCUUUACAUUCAAUGCAAAGCGAAGUAUUUUCUUCUUUGCUCUAUUGAUUAAUUUGAUUUUACUCACUAAAUAAACAAUGAAAUUAGAUGCAAUAGUAAUUUGCAAGGAUGGAAAUCCUGCGUACAGAGUAAGUAAAAGAUUAGUCCACUCAUUACAAGUAAAAGAUUAGUCCACUCAUUACAAAAUGUUGUGCAAUCGCCUUCAAGCUUUACCCAGUGGCCCACCCAAAUAAAGCCGGGUUUUCAUUUAGCUGCACUCUCCUCCGCAGAUUAAACUGAGACGCGGGUAGACAGGCAGAAUUAGGUAAGGUAAUCGUAAGUGUGGUGAACAUUUCAAAAGUGGGUACAGACCACUGGUACAGACGUGAAUAUUGUUAUGCGUGUGGUAUCCCACCCCCUGCACGCUAAGAUUUCCGCUAGAUGAAGUAUUUGCAGAUAGCGACAAAUACAAAAACAAAGAAGUAUGAAUGCAGUCAUUGCACUUUGUCAUUUUUGUGAAAUCCAUGGUCCUAGUGUGUUAUUUUGCACGCAGGCUUUUCAUGAUGAUCCAGUGAGUAAUUCUCUCGGGACACAAAAGGAUGCAAGUAGAAGGUCAUCUCAGUCAAGUGCUUCUAAUGUCUCACCAUCAAAAUCAUCUCAACCAAAAUCCAACCAGUGCGAGGCAUGCAGAUCAAUCCCACCUGACCAUCCAGGUUUUUUGAGUGUGGAUAAACAUACAAGUGUUUCGUAUUCCAGCAGUCGUAAUCCAGCCCAUCAUGAUGUGUACGUUGUUGUACGACAAGCAUGUGUACGGAGCCUAAGUUGUGAAAUAUGUCCUGGUCGAGAAGGACCAAUAUUUUUCGGAGAGGAUGCUAAUGGAUAUGUUUUAAGUCACACGUUUAUCUUAAAGAUUCUCAAGCCAGAGGUCUUCGCCGUUGGUAGGUAUAGCACUGAAAUCGCAAAGUUUGAGGGUUUUAUCUAA